AUGAUUAUAAUCAAACAACUUCUGUGUCAACUAUUCUCAGGACGAUGUCGAUUAAAAUCUCUUCGACUUGAUAUUAGCAAUGAAUUUACAAGUGGUGAUAUUCAUAAAUGUUUAGUAGGAAACUCUUAUUUUUCUUCGAAUUUUAUUGUGAAUCAAUGUGAAUCUUGUUGUAUGACUCUUCGUCGUUUAUUUAUUCGACUUAAAUAUACAUUUUUUCUUGAAAAUCUUAUUGAACAUGUACCCAAUCUCGAAGAAAUGUCAGUUCAGUUUGAAUAUUCAUUGAACUUUGAUUCAUUAUGGGAAUUAAAUAUUGAAACUUCGAGUCAAUCAAAUGAAAAUUGGUUUAAUAAAAUACCAAAACUACGAUAUUUUAGUUUAAAAACUUUCAUUUGUGAAGAUAAGGAGUUUGUUUAUCUAAAACGGCUUCUUAAUAAUUUAAAUUAUGUUGAAAAACUUCAAGUUCAUCUUAAAAGUGAUAAAUUAAUCGAAACAAGAUGUCGAAAUAUAUGGAAAUCUGUCAUUGAUGCAAAUUUCAUUCGUCAAUAUUGUCUACCUGAUAAAAUAAUUAAUUUAAUUAAUUUUGAUUUUUAUAUUUAUUCCCAAUGUCAAUUAUCAUCGAAUGAUAUAAAAAGAAUAAUAAAUUCAUUUAAAAUUCAUUCUUUUUUUGUUGAUCAUAAAUGGACCAAUGUUAAAUGUUUAUUUGAUCCAAUAAUUGAAUGUCAACAUCUUUUCUCUUGUUUCACAAAUACACUUCAAUUUUCUGAUAGUCUCUAUAAUUAUUCAUAUAUUUUCAAUUGGCCACGUAUCGGUUUUAUUUGGUUUGACUUAUAUCCAUCACUUCAUUUAUUUCUUGAACGAUUCAAUGAAUUAUCUCCUAAUAUUUCUUGUAUUGAAGUACACCAAACUGAUACCGAAAUAUUACCAAAUCGAAAUCAGAUACGUGAAAAAGUACUUGCACAUCUCAUUUCGAUGACUGUACAACUCAAAUAUCUUCUAGUUGAACGCUUCGAUUGGCUUUUGCAUGUUGUUCAAUACGCAUCUGACGACCUAAGAACGGAAGCAUUAAGUACAGUUCAAUAUGCUGAGUUUUGUCUUCCAAGUUCUUCUACCGGCUCCGACGAAUCAAUUCAUAUUGGUAAACAUCUUGUGCCUUUUCUUAGCACAUAUAUGCCUCAUUUACAAACAUUACGUCUUUGGCAACCAGAUGAUUUUCCUUGGACAACUAGUAAGUUUAUUUUACAUAAAUGA